CGCUGGCUGUAGCGUUCUGUCCUGUCGCGGAGGAAAACUUCCGGAAGAUUGGAAAAGUUGCCUCAUACCGUGUUUUCACGACCUGCAAUUUCAAGGUCUUUUUCGGACGUGUGAGUGUGUCAAUCGGAAUUGUCUUCUUGUACCGAAACGAAAGUAACAAAAGAAUUCGUGCGGUAAUCAAAUUCGGUAGUGUGUCGCAAGUGGAAAAAAAAUUGUCAACGUCGGAAUGCACCGUUUUCGGGUGACUUUUUGCGUCGGUUUGCAUUGAUAUCGAGUUUUCAUCAUCGGGAAGUGGUCGGUAUUGUGAAUUAAGAAGCAGGAUCAUGUUUUUUGUGGCCUAAAAGUGAAUCAACCAAUGUCCGCUUAGAACGGAAAAUCCCUUCACAUUUGCAGGAGCAGAAAAGAGGAGAUCGGACAGCAGUGAGUGCCAGUGGAAGGUGCCGUUGCGGUGCGCUGUAGUGGUGCUAUUAAGUGCGCAAACGACAUCGCGACGCACGUGCACCAGUGUAUUGGGUUGGUCGGUACUCGCGGCACUUAGUGUGUGUCCCAGUGCCACAAAGCCGUCGUCGGUCGUCGUCGGGGGAGAUCAAUUUCUUCUUGCUUUUUGCGCAACCAGCCAGAAAUCGUUCCCUUCAACGAUUGUAAAAAGAUACCGUUAUAAAAAAAAUUAAAAGUCUAACCUCAUUGCAAAGACAAGAGAAGACAAGAGAACACACAGCAGUUUCGCAGCAACCCUGUUCGGAUCUCUCGCUUUUUCUUCCGGUUAACCGCAUCUCGCGGCAGUAGAAGUGAUCCUCGUCUUUUGCUUAAUGUGUGAAAAGAUUCAUGAUAAGCAGAUAUAUUUAUAGUGUGUUUUAGCGCGAAUUACGCAAGUGGCUAAAUAUAUAUGACUGUAGAAAAGGAAUCGGAAGAAAUGUGUCAACAGAUCGGAUGAGUGUGAGAGUGAGCAAGAGUGGGAAGUGAAAUAAUUUCUGCUAAUUUCUGUGCAUGGAGGCAUCGUGAUCGUACCCGGUAUAAUCGUGAACUGAGUGGUAAUUAAUCGCAGAUCUCAUUGAGAGCGUUGGUGAUUUGACGUGAAUACGCGUCAAGCCGUGCCGGAGGCACGUGUGGCACAGGAGCUAUCGAAUCAUCAUUUGAAGCAUCCGUGUAAGGCUUAGAGUACCACCGAGUAGUCCCGUUGCCCUUUAGUUGACAAUCGUAUGCUGCAAGAGUUCGACGUAAUCCGCCAUUACAGCCCUUCGCAAGAAUGACCGUUCAAGGCUGUCACACUGGCCUCCCCGGGUAACACCGUUCCGCCCGUCCUGUGGCGCGCACGUCGAAAAGCCGGCCUGCACUUGCGCAGUAUAGAGGAGCCUCAGAGCAGAAUGCCCGCCGAGCAGGGGGGCACAGUGGGACUCGAUACAUCGUUGGGCUCUCGUUCUGGUGUCCCCCUGCCGUUACAGCUACAGCCAGCUUCCUCACAGCAAACCGGCCCGAACAGCACCGGUUCCGGUAGUUUGAACCAUCACCAGUUGGGAUUGAACAACCACCAUCAUCCCCAUCACCACCUGCACAAUCAUCAUCAACAUCUUCAUCAUCUGGGCAACAGCGGCAGUGGUGGCAGCCUGGGAGGAACUGCCUCGGCGACCGGUACCGGCGCUAGCUAUGACGCCGAAUUCGCUCGGAUGGAAGCCUGGCUGGAUGAAAAUCCAGAGUUUGUGCAGGAUUAUUUCAUACGAAAGGCCACCCGAAACAUGGUUGACGGAUGGUUGGUUUCGCAUGCAACACCGGGCACGGCCGGUGGAAGCAUAGACUCGCCGACUCACGGUACGGGAACGCAGCCCUGUUCCUCCCGGGCAGGCUCCGGGGCAACCACUCCUGUAAGGAAAAUCUCCGCUCACGAGUUUGAGCGCGGCGGUUUGCUGAAACCCAUCGUGAACACAAUCGACGGGACGCCUACGUUCCUCAGUAUCGGCCUGCAGAACGAGAAUUUCCAGUGUGGCUCUGGUCUCAAUCAGAACGGUGUCGCGGGUGGACCCAGCAGUAGCCAGCGACCUCAGCGACUAUCGCGGAACGAGCUGCGGCAACUGGACGAGAAGGAAUUAAUUUUCGAACUGGUGAAGGAUAUCUGCAACGAUCUGGACGUACGUUCUUUGUGCCACAAAAUUCUACAAAAUGUGUCAAUUCUUCUCAAUGCGGACCGGGGAUCUCUUUUUCUGGUGCAAGGCAAAAGUACCUGUGGCAGUGAUAAUACCAAAAAGUGUUUAGUGUCUAAAUUAUUCGACGUCUGCUCGAGCAGCACACUGGAGGAGAUGGAACAGCAGGACGAGGUGAAGGUAGCAUGGGGCAUGGGAAUUGCGGGCCACGUGGCAGAAAGUGGGGAGCCCGUCAACAUACCGGACGCCUAUCAGGACGAACGGUUCAAUCGGGAAAUCGACGUACAAACUGGCUAUCGUACAAAGGCGCUGCUCUGCAUGCCCAUCAAGGAUGGCUCCGGGGACGUGGUCGGCGUAGCACAGGUGAUCAACAAACAGGGGGACCAGUGCUUUACCGCUUACGACGAGAAGGUGUUUGCUGCUUAUUUGCAAUUUUGCGGCAUCGGCCUACGGAAUGCUCAACUGUACGAGAAGUCCCAACUGGAGGUGAAACGAAAUCAAGUCCUGCUGGAUCUGGCCCGGAUGAUCUUCGAGGAGCAGAGCACCAUCGAGCAUAUGGUGUUCCGGAUACUGACCCACAUGCAGAGCUUAAUUCAAUGCCAAAGAGUUCAAAUCCUACUGGUGCACGAAGCGUCGAAGGGAAGCUUUUCGCGCGUGUUCGAUUUUGAAGCCACUGAUCUCAGCGGAGACGAGAGCGACCCCAGGACGAGUCCAUUCGAGUCGCGUUUUCCUAUCAAUAUAGGCAUCACCGGUUACGUGGCUACGACCGGCGAGACUGUAAAUAUUUGCAACGCCUACGAGGAUGACCGGUUCGAUCCGAGUGUGGACGAGGGACAAGGUUUCCAGCACAAAACAAUCCUUUGUAUGGCGAUCAAAAAUUCUCUAAGUCAAAUUAUAGGUGUAAUCCAGCUAAUCAAUAAGUUUGACGAGCUAACUUUUACCAAAAAUGACGAAAACUUCGUGGAAGCAUUCGCCAUCUUCUGCGGCAUGGGCAUCCACAAUACGCACAUGUACGAGAAAGCGAUUGUGGCGAUGGCCAAACAGAGCGUAACGCUGGAGGUGCUCAGUUAUCAUGCAUCGGCAACGAUUGAUGAUGCCUACCGGUUACGGCAACUUAAAGUGCCAUCGGCUGCCUUCUACCAGUUGCAUGAUUUUAAAUUCGACGACCUGGACAUGGAGGACGACGACACACUGAAGGCUUGCUUGCGAAUGUUUUUGGACCUCGAUCUGGUCGAGCGAUUUCACAUCGACUACGAAGUACUUUGCCGGUGGUUGCUUUCGGUGAAGAAAAACUACCGGAACGUUACCUACCACAACUGGCGGCACGCGUUCAACGUGACGCAGAUGAUGUUUGCCAUUCUGACGUCGACGCAGUGGUGGAAAAUUUUCGGCGAGAUCGAAUGCCUCGCGCUGAUCAUCGCCUGUCUGUGCCAUGACCUGGAUCACCGCGGGACCAAUAAUUCCUUCCAGAUUAAAGCUUCAUCGCCACUAGCUCAACUGUACUCCACUUCAACGAUGGAACAUCACCACUUCGACCAGUGUCUGAUGAUCAUCAACAGUCCUGGAAAUCAGAUUUUGCUGAAUCUGUCCUCCGACGACUACAGCCGUGUGAUAAAAGUAUUAGAGGACGCGAUCCUAUCCACCGAUUUGGCGGUGUAUUUUAGGAAACGCGGCCCGUUUUUGAAUCUAGUGAAUCCGACCGCUCAAGGUACGUUGUGGCAAGCGGAGGAGCCCCGGUCGCUGCUUCGAGCGAUGAGUAUGACCGUGUGUGAUCUGGCCGCCAUCUCCAAACCGUGGGACAUCGAGAAACGAGUGGCGGAGCUGGUGAGCUCCGAAUUUUUCGAGCAAGGAGAUGUGGAACGGCACGAGCUAAAUAUUACUCCGAUUGAUAUCAUGGAUCGGGAAAAGGAAGACCAACUACCGAUGAUGCAAGUGGGAUUCAUCGAUUCGAUUUGUUUACCUAUUUAUGAAGCAUUUGCUUGUCUUUCGGACAAACUGGAACCCCUAGUGGAAGGCGUGAGGGAGAACAAAAAUCAUUGGAUCGAGCUCGCGCAAAGCUCAAAGGCGAAAUUUGCCAAUAACAAUAACGACGACACGGUCAGCCGGAACAACAACAACAACAACAACAACAACAACAAUAACAAUAAUAAUAACAGCAGCAGCAAAAGCCGCAGCAACAGUAUCAAGAGUGACGGUUUACCGAGUGUGAUGGCUAGAAAGGCCAGCCUCCACGAGCAGUCCAGUGAAAGCAAACGACCUACAUUAGGAUCACCCACAAGUAAUACCCAAUGCACCGUUGUUAGUAAUGCACCAGGCACUGAUAACGAUAACCAUAGUAUAGGUAGUCACGAGAUUAACUGCACCAGCAGCAUUGCGGAGAAGAUAGUCGGCCGGCUGGGGCUGGAUUUGACCACGACGUCACCCUACUCGGAGGUUCCGUCCUACCUGGUGACCAAGAAGGAGAACGGCUGGGUACAGCAUGGAAACGAAUCAAAGAUACGGCUUCUCCGGUUGUCAUCCCUGGAGGGCAAGACGAACGCCAGCGAACAGCCAGUAAUGGAUCAAUGAAUCCUAGAACGAAAUUAUAGUUACAAAUUAAACUAACUUCUCAUCUAGACCACACCGAAACACAUGCAUCCCAGACAUGCAGGACAACAUUCUGUAUAGGGUAAUCCAACAAACGAAUUUAUUCUUGUAUUCUUUUUUCUUCGAGCAGCAGUACUGAUUAGUAAUGUGUAUGUACACUUUGCCUUUGCCAGCUUAGAGUCAGCUUCAGUGAAAGUUUUGAUAGUUUUUUGUUCGAUUUUUGGCGAUUAUGCUCUCUCUGCUAGCUCUUUUCGUAUUUUCCACACACAAACCAGUCAUCUUUUAGAAGAGAAACAACAAAAAAAACGUUACGAUUUAUGAAAACAAGAAAGGUACAUCUAGGCAUGUAAAUUGUUGAACAUCCAUCCAAAAUUGGUAAUUUUCUGUAAUAAUGUGGCGCACCAAAAUGAGUAUAUAAGUGUGUAAUAGUCUCCACAAUUCUUACACAAUUUUCGCGUAGAACAUAUCCCUUCCUUCAGUGGGGUGUGUUGUAGUGGCAUCAUAUAAUCAAUAUCAAAAACGGAGCACUAGUCAGCAGAUUAAUUCUAGUAGUCGGUAAGUUUUAGUAGAUUGUAAGAACAGUAUACCAGAUUAGCUAGCUAGCGAAUGUGAACGAACGCGUGAACGGGGAACGAGUUUUGUUGUCGUACGCUUCAGUACGACCGAAGGUAGAGUAUGAAAUGUAUGUAUAGACGAUAUCGAGGCAAGAGAAGGCAAAUUAUUCGAACCUUAACCGGUUCGAGAUGAUGUUGCUGAACGUUACUUCAGUUAGUCGGAAGUUCCGUAAACUUUUUCUCCUAUAGAAUGGUAAGUGUAUUACCGGAAGUAAAAUUUCGAGAGAAUUCUGAAUAAAACAUCUCCUAUA